AUGUCCUCUGAAGUAGUGCAUAUCGUCGUAACACUUGUCCCCCAAACUGGGAAACUUGGCGAGUUAAUACAGGCAUUUGAGAAUCUCUCACUCCACGUUGAAGCCAAUGAGCCUGAAACACUCUCCUAUUACGCCGUGCAGCCAAAAGGCAAGGAUGAGCUUAUAAUUGUGGAGAAGUAUGCCAACGAGGGCGCGUUAAAAAGCCAUGCACAAUCACCAGCUUUCAAGAAGUUUGGAAAGGUAAUUAGCACGAUUUUGCAGUCCCCACCAGAUAUCAAGCGCUCGAGCUUGAAGAGUGGAUUUGAGACUCGAUCGAAGAUGUAG